UGGGAAGAGAGAGGCGCACUGCUUCCUAAGAAUACUCCCUCCUCUGAGCCAGGACAGCCUUCUAGGCACACCUGCAAAUGCUCGCUGAUGCUGACCCAUUGUCUUUUGGAUGGUAGACUUAAACACUAGUACUGUGCUCAGAGCUUAGGUCCUGGAGAGAUUGGAAAGACGAGGUUGUUCGUGUGCUUAUUGCAUUGAAAACUGAUUCAGAUCUGUUAAAGGGGAGGAGACACAGUGAAUGUAAUCACGUUGAUUUGGUCCUGGAGUCUGUACAAACUGUACUUGAAUUAGAAGGCCCAAGAACGAAGAGGAGCCACAUUCAAUUGCACUUCCUCUAGAGGAGAAAAACCAGCUUCAGCCUGCAACAUGCCCUACACAUUUGACUGGGUUGCCAAGGAUGUGGUCAAAAAGCUUCAAGGAAAAGAUCUGAGGCCUGUGAAAUGCCUGUCAGAUGCAACCAAAUUCCGGCAGUUUGAUAUACUGCAGAAGACUACUCAAUCAUUGUUUUGGAAAUCUGAAGAUACUCCGGUUGGAUAUUCCCUCCUGCAGAUUUUGGAGCCAAAUUUUCCUGUCCCAGAGACUGAAGUGUCAACUCCCAUCCCCCUCAAACACACUGUAUCCCAGAAACUGAAGACUAAUGUGGAUGUUAAAGCCAUUGCAGAAGGAAGCGCAUCAGCAGAGUUUGUUCAGUCCUGUGGAUACGACAUUGAGGUUCAGAGUACCAGUAUCCCCGAAUCAAAACUGGAAAGUCUUCAAAACAUGAAACUGUUGGAUCAGGAGCCAUCAUUUGUGAAGGACUGCCGGAUGGGAAGGAAAAACCUCUAUGUGGUGACAGAGGCCUUUGUAGUGACCAAGGGUACUGUGCUGGAAGACAGCAGCAGUGUCGACUUUUCAGGAAAAGUGCUUAUCCCCCAGUAUGUCAAGGGUCAAGCCCAGGGACAGUGGCAGAAGAAGAGUACAGAUUCAGUGCCUAUCCUAAAGGGUUCGGUGUUGGCCUACAAAAAGAAGCAACUGGUCAUUGAGAAUAACACUUGUGCCAUUCUCCUUUCUGCUAAUGCUAAGAAGAAGACAUUCCUAGAAAUGCUUAAUAUGCAACCUAGAAGUGGUAUCUUUGCCCAACCCAUGAGAAUGCAGGGAGAAGACGUAUUUUAUUCUGCAAGGAUUGAGAUAGAGCCAUAUACAACAAGACGGCUAGGCUUGUGGACCAAUGAUAUCUCUCCAAUUGGAAGGAUAGAGGAACCCUACCAUCAAGAUUUCAAUCGCCUACAAGAUGAGGUUUCCCUGCAAAUAGAGCAACUUGCCCUGCUCUCAAAGGAUGUUCAAGAUGUUGUGUUCUCCAGUCUCCUGCCCAUGCUGAGAAACAGGGAGGUCCUGCAUGACCUGAUGAACAUGCUGGAGUUGGAUCAGUUGGGGCAUAUGGAUGGUCCAGGUGGUGCAAUCCUAGAUGAGCUGCAAAAGGACACAAGCCCCCCAUGGAUUGACCUAAAGAACCUCAUUCUUUAUCUCCUUCAAGCCCUAAUGGUGCUGAGUGAUACCCAACUCGAUCUGCUUGCACAGUCUAUGGAGAAGAGGCUCCUCCUGCAACAACGAGAGCUGGUAAGAAGCAUCCUACAGCCAAACUUCAAGUAUCCCUGGAAUAUUCCCUUCACUCUCCAGCCACAGCUUCUUGCCCCACUCCAGGGUGAGGGCUUGGCUAUUACUUAUGAAUUGCUGAAGGAGUGUGGUCUGAAGAUGGAGCUGAAUAAUCCCAGGUCAACUUGGGAUUUGGAAGCCAAGAUGCCCCUGAGUGCCCUUUAUGGGAGCUUGUCAUUUUUGCAGCAACUUGUGGAAGCAUAAAUCUUCCCCCAAGCCUGGUCCCAGCCAAGUCUAUGCUGAGUCCUUGAGAUAUUGCACCAUAGGAUGCACAAGAGUGGUGACUUGAGUGCAUGUUAUAGGAUGGUGGGAAUAAGGAUGCUACAGGCUCUUUUUUUUUUUUAAGUUUGCUAUCCAUUCACAAUUAUAUAAAUGAUAUAUUUUGAUUAUUAUUCACCUCCUUCCACUCUCCUUUUUUAUUCAUCCCCUCCAGGUCCUUCAUUCCCAGCAGUUUCUCAUUCAACUUUUUUGUUUGAUGCUCUGCUGCAUUUAAUCAAGGUUGUUUUCAUGAAGGGGAUAAUUAACUUGAGCAAGUGUAACUUUCCAGAGGCUACCUCCUCCUUAGCAGCAUUAGCUGCCUACUGUUUUGGGGAGGGUGGGGCCUCAUUGGCCACUACUCUUUCUAUGGUGGAACCCUGGCUUGCUUGGUCUUGUGCAGGUAGCCAUUGCUACUGUGAGUUUAUGAGUUUAGUAGCCAUGUCAUGUCCUUGCCAUGUCCACAGUCUGUCAAAAUUCCUCAAGUAGUAUGCUAAAGAUGUAAACAUUUUCGUCUCUAUAAAAUAAUGUAAAU